AUGACUUCCACCAUUGUUCCUUCCCUCGGGAAGAAGGAAGCGAUUUUUCUGGAUGUUCUUUGUCCGCUUCACAAUAUGCCCUCCCGCGAGACCCUCGCGUCUACCGGGAGAGGAAACAAAAACCUGUCCCAGAGGGUACUGUACCACACACGGGAGACUCGGCUUCAUGCUCUUGCGACGGUAUCGGUGAAACAAUGGCGAUUUGACUAA